UUUUAAAUUUUAUUAAUUUAAUUUAAACUUGAAUAGCAGCUUGUCGCUAGUGGCUACCAUAUUGAACCAGUGCAGUUUUACCCUGUAUUACUGUGUAAGGGGAAUAAUUAUGUCCAACUGGCCAGGGGUUACAUGCCCUGCUUGUCCCUGUGGGUGGGUUUAUGUGAGUUGACAAUGGUGUGCAAAUGAACUGGGCCACAUGGGGCUUUAUAUAUAGGUGUGUGCGUGUUAGAUUGUGAGUCUUUAUAACUUUUUCCACUUGGCUCAAAUAUGCUAGGUAUUUUGAUAAGUAUAUAUAGGGGUACACAUUUUUCCUUGCGUCUCAGGCUGCAGUAAGGCUCUGCAAAGCACUGCUUACUCUUUCCAGAGCCCUCACUUAAGCCUCAAAACGCCCCCAGGUGGUGGAUCCUUUUACUACCUCUACUGCUCCCCACUUUCUAGAAGGGAAAAUCGAGGCUUGCAGAAGCUUGACAAAUAGCGCAGACAAUAAUACUGUAAUGUGGUUGUUAUGUAAUACUUCAAGAUGGUGUCUGAGAACAUUUGAAGACAUUGUUGGUUCUGGUGUAACACUGUAUCCCAGAGACAGUUUUUUUUUUAAUUUUGUUUUGUUUUUUACCAUGUAGUGUGCUUCCAUGUCUACGAAAACUUCCCUUCCCUCUCUGUGUCCCAGUCACUGGGUUCCGCUCCCCAGAGAUAACCACCCUUUGCAGCUUCCUGUGCAUCAAUUCUGAAACAGUCUAUGAAGAUACAGGCAAUCAUACUUCCCACGUGCCAGCAGUACCACAUUUAAGGGAUUAUAAUGAAGCAGAGCUUCCAGCAUGUUAUACAAUGGUGAACUCUUUAAAAUGACUGGGAAGGUCCUGCCCUGGAGGUCCAGUGGUUAAGACUCUGCCCUUCCACUGCAGGGGGCCUGGGUUUGAUCCCUGGUCGGCCGGGGGAUUAAGAUCCCUCAUGCUGUGUGCCAAAAAAAAAGGCAAAAAAAAGCCUGGGAAAUGGAAGAUUUGGGUGAAUCAAAUUAUACUGUAUAAGCAGGGUUUCUCUGCUUCGGCACUAGUGAUAUUCUGGGCUGGAAACUUCUCUGUUGCAAGGCUGUCCUGGUCACUGUAGGUUGGUGAGCAGCACCCUGGGCCUUCACCCACCAGAUGCCAGGGGCCCCCCGCCCCGAGGUGUGGCAGCCAAAACUGUCCCUAGACAGUGUCCCAUGUACCAGCAGCAGAUAAGAGGAAAAAAAUGUAAAAGAUUCAAAGGGAUUAACAAGUAGAAGUCUGUGAAGAAAACAGAAGGCGCCAGUAUGGAGAAAUUAAAGCUCAAAGGUUAUUACAUAAGUGUUUGAAGAAUCUUUUCAGGAAGGAUCUUAACGGCUAUCUUUCAGUCUUCGCACAUAGCAGAAUAAGAAGUGAAUUUAAAUGGAAGAGAAAUUAAGGCUGGACCUACGGACGAUGAAACGGUAACAUCAGUUCUGAGCUGCCAUCUUCCUUCCUAAAGAUUUUUAUGAGCAGAAUAACCUAGGAUGAUUAGGAAUUGUUCUCUCCGGGCUUCGCGGUUAAGAUUUGAGAAUCUUCAAGGAAUGAAAUCUGCGUUAAAAAGUAGCAAAAUGUACAUAAUCCAUGAUCAUGUCUCCUACAGUGCUUUAAAAAAAAAAAGCAAUAGCUGUUUCUUGUUACAGAAGCAAUGCAUGUUAAUCGUAGAAAAAUUAGAAAAUGCAGCUAAGCUAAAAAGAAGAAAAUGAGAAAUACCCUUAAUCUCACUAUUGAGUGAAAUACUAAGGUCGAUACUUUAGUAAAUUUGCUUCCCAGUUGUUUUCUCUGUUCAAAGGUAUAUGCUUGCGAAGAUAUAAAUAUAUUAAACUGUAGGAGAAACUCUUCCCUUCUUCCCUUCUAGGUUUUUUGACUGGUCUAAUAAUUAAAUUGACAUAAAAUGGACGAACAGGAGAGAAACAAAUUUAAUUUCCUACGGUAGGGGAGCCCAUAGAAUUCUGAGACUCCAAGAAGUCACCAAAGCAGGCAGCUUUUAUACCUUCUAGACAAGGAAACCAUAAGUUUGUGAAAAAUUGGAGAAACAAAGGGGUUUGGGCUUGGGCUAGCAAAUUAGUGCAAGUAACAAGGUUUGUUUAUACCACCUUCCAGGUGGUGAAUUCCCUUUCUCCCUAAUAAGGAUGCCUUUUAUCCACCUGGUGGGGGGCAGGGUACCUUCACAUGCCUUUGGGGGGACCAAGGAAGGUCAGAGUGUCUUUUAUUUGCACAGGCUGUUUCUUAAGUACCUUUAAUUCAAAAUAAUCAGUAUGCCAAGUGGCCUAUUUUGGGGGUGGCAUCUUCUGCUUCCCUUCAACACCUACAUACAUUCGUCGGAUCAUUCAGCACAUAAUGCUUUGCAGCUUGCUUUUUCUCAUAUAAGACACCGUGAAUGUCCUUCCAUGUCGAAAAGUAUCUGUUACCAUAUCUGUUUUAAUUCUUGUGUUGUACCGAUGUCUUAUAAACUUAACCAAUCCUCUGUUUCUGGCCACUUAACUUGCUGCUGGUGCUUUGAGGUCAUAAAUAAUACUGCAGCAAUUCUUCCUUUCACGAUUCUUUCCGUUCCUUUCCUUUUUUCCUAAUGAGGCUAGUUCCUGGAGCAAAUGACAGCAAUAGCUGUCGGGGCCACUAUGUUUCAACCCGUGCACAUUUGCAAGGUUUUUGGUAGGAAUUGCUAAACAGCCCACCAGGAAGACUGUUCAAUUUACAUUCUUAUGGGGGGGUAAUCUUUUUUUUUAAGUCCUUGCCAAAAGGACAGUUUCAUGGGUGGAGGUGGAGGAUGUCGGAAGUGAUCUCAUUCUGUUGAAAACUGUGCGCCCCAGUUUUAUAGGCUUUUCCUUAAUUGCCUGUUUGCUAUAAUGUUCUUCACACUUGAACAAUCACCUGGAGAAGAAAAGGUGAAACCUACUGGCAAAAAAAUCGCCCCACGACGAGGAAGGUGCCUCUGCUUGAGUCAUUUCCGCCGAGCCGGAACACAGAGCAAGUCACUUCGGACCUCGGAGGGCAUUUUAUAGACCGCCCCGCGUCCCAGCUCCCGUCGAUUCUUGGAACUCCCACCACCGUAGUCCCGGCAGCCCAACCCCAGCGGGCAGCGCGUCCCGUGUCGGGGACGCGGGGGUUCUCUGUGCACCCGGAGGAACCGACUGUAUGAGGUUUGGAAGGGCCGGCCUCCAGAGCCGAGGUGACCCAGCCUGCCGGGCAGGGCUGAGUGGCUGGACGGAGCACGUGACGCUCGCAGCCUGGCUCUUGGCUCGGGUUAGUGGGGGCCCGCCCCGCGCGCCGAAGGCUGAAAUCGGCUUUUGCCUCCGGCAGGAAAAUGAGCUUGUCAGUUUCUUUCUCUAGCGGACCCUCAACCCACUGGAGCAGGGGAUUUCGGUAGCAUUUAAAUUUUAUGUCUCAGGAAUCUGAAAGCAAAAGUUGGUGGAAGGCUAGGCCAGCUGCCCACACCAAACACACCGCCCUGAAAGGAGGCCAGAGCGAGGCUUCCCGGCCACUCGCUCCUCGCCUACAGGGACUUCCAGGGUCUUCCCCCGCCCCCCUCCCCUCCUCGCCCCGAGGGCGUCACGUGGCGGCGUGGGCCCGCCUCCCGGUGACGUCAGCGCGCUCGCAGCCGUUGAGCCGAAGAAAGGAUGCUCUAGGAUGCGGUGCAGGUGGGCGACCGGCCUGCGCCAUGCGGCACUGCAGGUGUAAGUAGCAUGGUCAAUGCAGGAGCGAUGAGUGGCUCUGGAAACCUGAUGGAUUUCCUUGACGAGCCGUUCCCUGAUGUGGGGACGUAUGAGGACUUCCACACCAUCGACUGGCUGAGGGAGAAGUCACGGGACACCGACAGACACAGAAAGAUAACCAGCAAAAGCAAGGAGUCCAUAUGGGAGUUCAUCAAGAGCUUGCUGGACGCCUGGUCGGGAUGGGCGGUGAUGCUGCUCAUCGGCCUGCUGGCAGGCACCCUGGCCGGGGUCAUCGAUCUCGCCGUCGACUGGAUGACAGACCUGAAGGAGGGCAUCUGCCUGUCCGCCUUCUGGUACAGCCACGAGCAGUGCUGCUGGACUUCCAAUGAGACCACGUUUGAGGACAGGGACAAGUGUCCCCUGUGGCAGAAGUGGUCAGAGCUGCUGGUGAAACAGUCGGAGGGUGCCAGCGCUUACAUUUUGAAUUACCUAAUGUACAUCCUGUGGGCGUUGCUGUUUGCGUUUUUGGCCGUCUCCCUGGUACGAGUAUUUGCACCAUACGCCUGUGGCUCUGGUAUACCCGAGAUAAAGACCAUCUUGAGUGGCUUCAUCAUCAGGGGCUACUUGGGCAAGUGGACCCUGCUGAUCAAGACUGUCACCCUGGUGCUGGUGGUGUCCUCGGGCCUGAGCCUUGGCAAGGAAGGGCCGCUGGUGCACGUGGCAUGCUGCUGUGGCAACUUCUUCAGCAGCCUCUUCUCCAAGUACAGCAAGAACGAGGGCAAGAGGCGCGAGGUGCUGUCAGCUGCGGCCGCUGCUGGGGUCUCUGUCGCCUUUGGUGCUCCGAUCGGGGGUGUGCUUUUCAGUCUGGAAGAGGUCAGCUACUACUUUCCCUUAAAGACCUUGUGGCGGUCCUUUUUUGCGGCCCUGGUGGCAGCCUUCACGCUGCGAUCCAUCAAUCCCUUUGGGAACAGCCGCCUCGUCCUCUUCUACGUGGAGUAUCACACGCCCUGGUACAUGGCCGAGCUCUUCCCCUUCAUCCUGCUUGGGGUCUUCGGGGGCUUGUGGGGAACCCUCUUCAUCCGCUGCAACAUCGCCUGGUGCAGGAGGCGCAAAACCACCAAGCUGGGGAAGUACCCGGUGCUGGAGGUCAUCGCGGUGACCGCCAUCACGGCCAUCGUCGCCUACCCCAACCCCUACACGCGCCGCAGCACGAGCGAGCUCAUAUCCGAGCUCUUCAAUGACUGCGGGGCCCUCGAGUCCUCCCAGCUCUGUGACUACAUCAAUGACCCCAACAUGACGCGACCCGUGGACGACAUCCCCGACCGCCCGGCCGGGGUCGGGGUUUACACGGCCAUGUGGCAGCUGGCCCUGGCGCUGAUCUUCAAAAUCGUCAUUACCAUAUUUACCUUUGGCAUGAAGAUCCCGUCCGGUCUCUUCAUCCCCAGCAUGGCUGUGGGGGCCAUGGCAGGCAGGAUGGUGGGAAUUGGCGUGGAGCAACUGGCUUACCAUCACCACGACUGGAUCAUCUUUAGGAAUUGGUGCAGGCCCGGAGCAGACUGCGUCACCCCAGGGCUCUAUGCCAUGGUGGGAGCUGCCGCCUGCCUAGGUGGAGUUACCAGGAUGACGGUGUCAUUGGUGGUUAUCAUGUUUGAAUUGACGGGUGGUCUCGAGUACAUCGUGCCCCUGAUGGCAGCAGCCGUGACCAGCAAGUGGGUGGCUGAUGCCUUUGGGAAGGAAGGCAUCUACGAGGCCCACAUCCACUUAAAUGGGUACCCGUUCCUGGACGUGAAGGACGAGUUCACCCACCGCACGUUGGCCACCGACGUCAUGCGGCCAAGGCGGGGGGAGCCGCCGCUGUCCGUGCUCACCCAGGGCAGCAUGACCGUCGAGGACGUGGAGACGCUCAUCAAGGAGACCGACUACAACGGCUUCCCCGUGGUCGUCUCCAGGGACUCGGAGCGCCUCAUCGGGUUCGCCCAGAGGAGGGAGCUGAUUCCUGCCAUAAAGAACGCCAGACAGAGGCAGGAGGGCAUCGUGAGCGACUCGGUCAUGUACUUCACCGAGGAGCCCCCUGAGCUGCCAGCCAACAGCCCGCAGCCCCUGAAGCUGCGGCGCGUCCUGAACCUCAGCCCUUUCACCGUCACGGACCACACCCCCAUGGAGACGGUGGUGGACAUCUUCCGGAAGCUGGGGCUCCGCCAGUGCCUGGUGACGCGGAGCGGGAGACUUCUUGGCAUCAUCACGAAAAAGGAUGUUCUGAGACAUAUGGCCCAGAUGGCAAACCAGGACCCUGAAUCCAUCAUGUUUAAUUAGAAACAAGAUGGCAGUUUCUUUGAGAAAAAUACAACUGUGUCAUUUGAAAAGAAAUAAACAAACGAUAUGUCAUCCUAAUGAACGGUCAUGCACUGGGGGCAGCGGAAACAAAAGCUUUGUUUAAAAGGAAGGGAAGAAGAAUGAAACUUAGAAAAAAUACAUUGGCGAGUAGGCAUUUUAUAGCUUUAACCCCUUAUGAGUUUCAGGCUGUGUUAUGAGUUUAGUAACUACUGUGGGGGCCCGUGGGUGGGUGUAAAUGAUACGGUUUGUACAAGGACAUGGAACACAAUUGCUGAGUCAAGAAACAUUUGCCCCUCCUGUUGAAGGCUGGUGUUGGUGAAGCUUUGAGUCUGAAAGGCCAAGGGGUAUUGGCGUGUCAGCGUCCUUAUUUAUUGGUUCCUGAGGUUUGGCUGUUAUGUUACUGAAUCAGAUUAAAGAUAUUUGCACUUACUUUGUUGGAAAAGAAAAAUUAAAUGUGAACGUAGUGAAAGCUGCAAGUAUGC